AUUUUGACCGAAGCGUGCGCAGAUUCAGUUCUCGCAGACAGCUGACUUGUUUGUAGGAAGAAAAGGGAGCCGAGUCGUUGAAGCGUUACGUGGGCAAUUUGUUACCCACGUCUAUAAACUUACUUUUUGGAGCUGCGGGGGUUUCUUUUGCAACCAUGGCGUACUGUAUGCGAGUUUUGCAUCGCCAGGGGGGCAAAGCCGGCAGCUUGUUGUUCAGCGAGAUACAGACGAGAUGCUUCCAUAUUUCACCCUUAGCAGCAGCCGCUGCAAGGGUGGCGAUGAGCAAAUUCGACACGGAACCUCUGCCUUACGAGAAACUCACUCAGACCUUGCAGAUAAUCAAAAAGAGGCUCAACAGGCCCUUGACCCUUUCCGAAAAAGUUUUGUACUCUCACAUUGACCAGCCAGACACUCAGGAAAUCGAACGUGGCACCUCCUACUUGAGACUGCGCCCCGACAGGGUUGCCAUGCAGGAUGCCACCGCCCAAAUGGCGAUGUUGCAGUUUAUAUCUAGCGGCCUUCCGAAAGUCGCCGUGCCCAGUACCAUCCACUGCGACCAUCUCAUCGAGGCUCAAGUGGGUGGCGUUAAAGAUCUUGCCAGGGCUAAGGACAUCAACAAGGAAGUUUACAACUUUUUGGCGUCCGCCGGUAACAAGUACGGCGUUGGCUUCUGGAAACCCGGAUCCGGUAUUAUUCAUCAAAUUAUCCUGGAAAACUACGCCUUUCCCGGCCUCCUCAUGAUCGGUACGGAUUCGCACACACCCAACGGCGGCGGCCUCGGCGGUCUAUGCAUUGGUGUGGGUGGCGCCGAUGCCGUCGACGUAAUGGCUAGCAUUCCUUGGGAACUCAAAUGUCCCAAGGUCAUCGGUGUCAAACUGACAGGAAAAUUAUCCGGGUGGACAUCCCCGAAGGACAUCAUCCUCAAAGUCGCCGACAUCUUAACCGUCAAGGGAGGCACCGGAGCGAUCGUCGAGUACCACGGGCCCGGCUGCAAUUCCGUCUCCUGUACCGGCAUGGCCACUAUUUGCAAUAUGGGCGCCGAAAUCGGAGCUACGACCUCGCUUUUCCCCUUCAACAAUAGGAUGAGCGAUUACUUGAACGCUACGAACCGUUCGGAAAUCGCCCAAUUGGCCGAGAAGUACCAAGAUGUGCUUCUUACCCCGGACAAAGGUGCCGAGUACGACCAGCUCGUUGAAAUCAACCUGGACACUCUGGAACCGCGCGUCAACGGCCCGUUCACACCCGAUUUGGGAAAUCCCAUCAGCAAGCUGGGACAAAACGCGAAGAAAAACGGCUGGCCAAUCGAUAUCAAGGUGGGACUUAUCGGUUCCUGCACCAACAGCUCGUACGAGGAUAUGGGCAGGUGCGCGAACAUCGCCAAGGAAGCGAUGAGCCACGGUGUGAAAUCGAAGAUUCCCUUCAACGUCACGCCCGGAUCCGAACAAAUCAGGGCCACCAUCGAGAGGGACGGGAUUUCCAAAACGCUGACCGAAUUCGGCGGAACUGUACUCGCAAAUGCUUGUGGGCCCUGCAUCGGCCAGUGGGACCGUAAGGACGUCAAGAAAGGCGAGAAGAACACCAUCGUCACAUCCUAUAACAGAAACUUCACUGGUCGUAAUGACGCCAAUCCCGCCACCCACUGCUUCGUCACCUCUCCGGAACUAGUCACUGCCCUAAGCAUCGCCGGGACCCUGAACUUCAACCCGCUCACCGACGAAAUUCAAGGUACUGACGGCAAAAAAUUCAAACUCUCUCCACCCUUCGGAGACGAGCUCCCCAGCAAAGGCUUCGAUCCCGGCCAAGACACGUAUGAGGCACCCGUGAAGGACGGCAGCAAAUUGUCCGUCAACGUCGAUCCGAAAUCUCAACGUUUGCAGCUGUUGGAACCCUUCGACAAGUGGGACGGGAAGGACCUGGAAGAUUUGACCAUUCUCAUCAAGGUCAAAGGGAAGUGCACCACCGAUCACAUAUCGGCGGCCGGGCCUUGGCUGAAGUACCGCGGUCACCUGGACAAUAUCUCUAAUAACAUGUUCAUUGGGGCGACAAACGCCGAGAAUGGCGAAAUGAACAAGGUGAAGAACCAGGUGACGGGCGAGUGGGGCACGGUGCCCGACACGGCGCGUUUCUACAAGGCCAAGGGCAUCAAGUGGGUGGCCGUCGGCGACGACAACUACGGCGAGGGCAGCUCCCGCGAACACGCCGCCCUCGAACCCAGGCACCUGGGGGGCCGCGCCAUCAUCGUCAAAUCCUUCGCUCGCAUCCACGAGACCAACCUGAAAAAACAAGGACUUUUACCUCUAACGUUCGCCAAUCCCAGCGAUUACGAUAAGAUCCAGCCCACCGACAAGGUCAGUCUGAAGGGCUUGAAAAACCUCGCGCCCGGCAAGCCAGUGGAAUGCGUGAUCAAGCACGCCGACGGUUCCACCGAUAAGAUCUUGCUUAACCACUCGUUGAACGAGCUGCAGAUCGGGUGGUUCAACGCCGGCAGCGCGCUCAACAGGAUGAAGGAGCUCGCCGCGUAGUAGUAGGUAGGAGAUAAGGAUUAUUUAAUUGUGUAGAUUAAUAAAUUACGUACUUUGUUACAAGUGGUUUUUUUGAAGAAAUUUCUGGUCUUGUUACUGCCCCCGUUUAUGUGUAAAUUUAGUUAAACAGCCCAGACGAGCGAGUGUUGGGAAAGAAAACAAUAGAUGGCGACACUUACACUCUGAAUAGGGAUUUUAUAGGAGUCGCCGUCAGUUAAUUUCUUUCCUAAGUUCGUCUAACUGCGAUUAUAUACACAUACGAGGGUG